GGGAAUUAAAAAACAACAAUGCUUUCAUUAAAAAAAGAAAAGAAGUAGCUGUGUCUGUCACAAAAGUUAAAAAAGUGAAAAGUCACACUGUCACAGUGAGUUGAUUCUGCAUUGCGGUCCGGCUAAAAUAAAUAUUUAGUUGUAUUUACCUCUGUUCUCAGCACAGUGGGUACGCACAAAUCUCAAACCUUUUUUAAAAACUGUUCAGAACAGAGCCGAUAUAUGUAGUGUAUUUUCUCACUACCUUACAACAGGCUUAGCUUCGUAGGUGCGUAUCAAAGCGAAGACAGGUCAAGUUUUCAGACCAAAGGGAUAGUUUGUUAUUUAGAGAACGGCUUAUUCACCUGUUAGUGCAUCGUCAAGCAAGUGGGAUAUUCUGCGCAUAGUGCUAAGAUGCCUACAAACGUCCUCAGACAUGGAGUGGUGCCUCAAAACACCGAAAGCCUCUCCGUGCACGAAGCGACAUAUGUCGGUCAAGGGAGCCCACAGUUUAAUCCAACACAAAUACCCCACAUAGUCACUGAGUCACAGAUCGGUACAACACAGUACAUCGGGUUUGUUGCUGAAUUGAAUACCUCGUUGCAGAUGGAUCAUACCAAUUACGUUAAUCAGCCGUGGGCGAUUACUCAGUGUUUGAUUCCGUGUGUCCAUACUUGUUUUCCUUCUAUGUGGUCAUUGACCAAGAAUGCAGACCGAGUUGUUGAUCGGUGGAAUGAUAUGCUCUUUCUACCAGCUAAAGUACUAGUGACUGUCCACCAUGUGACACGUGAGCGUACCAUGUACUUGACAACUGCCGACAAAGAACCGACGCCAUACACACAUCAUUUUGUGUGGUUGGAAUUCCAGAAUUUCGACGACUCCAAGGGUGUCAUUAUGAGUUCAAAGAGUGCGCGACAUAUACCUUCCACAGCGGAGCUUUCCUAUGAAAGUAAGUCACCAACACAAGUUGAGAUUGUGAGUGCGGGUGAGCUAUCAGACAAUUGGGGAAAGAAGAACAUGAAAAUCGUGAACAUUAAAAACACAAGCUCAGGCAAAAAGAAAAAGCGUAAGGGAGCGAAAGCACGCGGCACAGCCACUUCGGGUGCAGAGUCUGAAUAUGAUACUGGCAACGGUUUGUAUACUGAUGGUGAGAGAGAAGUUAACCCACUAUCAGGUUUCGCUCCAAAACCAGGAGACCUUGAUUCAUGGAUGAAUAAAAUUGAGAAAGCCAGGGCGGAUACUGAAGAUUCAAGUUCAUCUUUGCAAUCUAGAUUACAAAAUGAUACCCGGCGGGUUAAAGUCGCUUCCGACCCCACCUCCAGCCCGAAAGCACCUCCAGUAGAAGGAGGGGAGCCAGUUGUCAAGGUGCGUAAGCAGAAAUCACUUGCCCAUUUCGCUCCUACGGAUGCUUCAUCGCUACUACCGCCUGGAGAGGCCGAAAAGAAGCGACAUUCUUUCGCCUUGAACAAAGGCAUAAAGAAAAGUUUGCGGCAUAAGAGUAUGCCGGGUAAGAAUAAUCGACUCUCAAUGAGUUCCGAGAUGUUAAAUUUUAUGAAGCCGUCGAAAGGGGACAAGAGCGGAGGUGAGAUGUCCGACUGCGGUGGUAUGGACGAAAGAAGUGCACUUUAAAAUCUCAGACUUUGCUCUCUGUUCGGCGCUGAUUAGUUGUACUCCUAGCAGACUUUCUUCCAUGCUUGGGACGCUGUUCCUUUCGCAAUCUGCCAAAUCGCCUUGGAAUGCCACAGAUUGAGCUCAAGAAUGGAUUGACGAAAAUUGAAGAUCGUUCCUUUAAGUAUUUGCAACCUCAAGCAGAUAUACUGUAUAUAGAAAGGGGCGUUAUUGUAUUGCAUCCACAAACAAAAUGGUGAAAUCAACUGACUACUACAAAUCUUUUGCGCCGAGUGCCCAAGUACCUUGGACCAAUUCUGUGACUUAGAAAAGUAUCGAGGAGUAUAUUUUAAGUUGUCCGAGCAUAUCGACACGCACUUCAUGAUUUCUGAUAUUCACGAAAAAUACUUUACACAACGAUUUUAAUCAUACGUUAAUUAUGAAACGUGCUAGGCAUUUGGGGUGUUUGGAAUGGGUUUUGACAGGUGGCAUGUGGCUGUAGCGUAUGCUAAGCUAUUAAAUAUUAGACGGCUUACUAAAAACGUAAGGCACAUUCCGUCACUUGAUAUUAAAGAACUUCGAUAUGAUAUUGGA